AUGGGAGAUUCCAGUACAAAAGUAUUCAGCGUCCGCAUUGUUUCAAUAGACUAUUACAUGGCCCCUCCGAUUCAUGGUCUCGACAUUUCUUACAGCACUUUCCAAGGUGGGAAGGUGAAUGAGGUUCCGGUGAUAACAAUAUAUGGUUCGACUCCGGCGGGUCAGAAGACUUGCUUGCACGUUCAUCGAGCUUUACCCUAUCUUUACAUAGCAUGCUCGGAUUUAGGCCUAAAACCAGAUGAUGAAGUUGAUUCAAUCAGACAUGCUAUGUCUCUUUCUCUUGAGAAAGCGCUAAAGCUUAAGGGUCAUGUGGGCUCAAAACGCCAGCACGUGCACGAUUGCAGUCUUGUUCGAGCGAAGAGGUUUUAUGGAUAUCAUUCUUCAGAGGAGCUAUUUGUGAAGAUUUAUCUCUAUCACCCACAGGAUGUCUCCCGGGCUGCAAAUCUUCUUCUGGGAGGAGCAGUUAUGGACAAGGUUUUACAACCCUAUGAAUCACAUAUACCUUUUCUUCUCCAGUUCCUGAUUGACUACAAUCUAUAUGGGAUGGGUCAACUACAUGUAUCAAAGAUUAAGUUUCGCUAUCCGGUUCCAGAUGAUUUCUCUCCGCGAAAAGCUGAAAAUUAUAGUCAACAGAAGAAGUUUACUGAUGUCUCCACUUGUGCGACAGAAGAUUUUCAGGCAGAUGAUGAUUGUGAUGUAUGUUUGGGUUCCCAAGUUUGGAUAUCUUCUACAAUUCCAGAUGGUUGGAUUUGGCAAUACUCAAACCAGCUUGAUCCUUCAAUAGAUGUAGAUGUUCCACUCAUUAAGCGUCAGAGCAACUCUGAGCUCGAGGGAGAUGCUGUUGUAGAAGAGAUCCUCAAUCAACAGUUUAUACCAUACACAUCUCUUUCACAAACCUGUUCUGAAGUGAAAAUGGUUCAGUCAUUAAUAUCGAUUUGGGAGGAGUUUGAGAGGACUGGGAUGCAUGAGACAGCCAUAGCUCCCAAUCCUGGGAAGACGCCACCUCAAGAUGUUUUAAGGACUCUAUCAGAUGGGGUUGAAUUGGGUGACAUACUUAGAAAAGUGAGUAACGAUGCUGCAAAAUCUUUAUCUUUCACUCCAGAGCCAACAAAGUAUUCUACCUAUCGUCAGAAUUUGGUUGAACUUGGACAUGUUAACAUUGAGGAUAGCAGCAACGAGUAUUCCAAAUAUUUAAAAGCAAGCGACAAUAUCGGAACUUUGUUAUUACUAGAUUCAUCAUCUCCGAAUGGUGCAACAGCUGGUGAGAAAUUUGAUGCAGGUACCAAGCAAUUUCCAGCUGAUAGAACUCAAAUAUCUGUUGAAGGACCAUCAACUAUGAAGGCCUCAGACGAGGAUGCCUUGAGGCUUUUGAAGUGGCUUGCAUCUUCUCAAGCUGCUGAAGAUAUAAACUCUGAUGAUGAACUUGCUCGUGAUGCCAUUUUGAGUCCCUUAAUUCCUUCAACAACCAUUGUUAAGGUGUUGGAGAAAGCUAGUACAGAUUACGAGAAUAAUUCUCAGCAAGAGUGUCAGGACAUUCUUGAUUCUGUCGAGGAUAUGGGUUACUGUGAAGGAUUAGAUGGCAGAGUUUCUAAUGCCUUUGAGUAUAAUCAUUCUACCGAUACUUCGUCAAAUGUAGUUAUCCCGCAAGUCGAUGGUUCCAGUGAUGAUCCACACUUGAGUCCCUGCUCUGGCAAAUCGUCCAAAAUGGAGACUGAUAGUGAAUUUAAGUCAUCUAUGAGAGCCUGUUCCUGGCCUGAAUUUGAUUCAAGCUUAAUCAGUCAGCACAAAAGGAAAAGACCUGGGUGGGGUUCUUUACCUCUUUCUUGCGACAAAGUGAAUGAUUUUUCACAUGCUAAAGAUUUCAAUGUUAAUGAUGGAUGCGGAAAUGAGAAAAACUCAGGACAUGAAGCAGAAAGCCAUUCUAAUGUUGUAAAGGUUGACGCAAAUAAGGAUGCCAGCUAUGCAGAGCAAGCUAGUGUAAUAGCUGAAUGCUCUGCACGUGACUUGAUGAGAAGAAAACGAUGCCACAAGAUUGAUCCAUCUGAUAGAACUCCUGAGGGCAAAAAUUGGCAAGAAGAUUCAUCUCUUGACACAAAAUGGAGGAAAGGAGAUUUGUUUCAUGAACAGGAAUGCAGAAAUGAUAUGCAUGGCAGAGAAUCUCUGCUAUUCUCCAUACGUAGCCCUGUUACAAAUGAGGAAACAAAAUGUCAUGAAAGGGACACAUGUACAGUUGACGUGUGUGACGAGGCUUCUCAUGCUAAACCUAUGAAUUCAUAUUUUUCUACUUUGGGUGAGUUGUCUCUUUCCUCCUGCAGUGUUAGCAGAGCAGAAACAGAUGCUCCAAAUGUUGGACCGUCUCAUUCUUAUCAAGGACUUCAUAUUGAUGUAGACACCAAGUUAGCAUCUGCUUCUAAAAGUUAUGGGAACAAAGAAUCCACAGAUAUGUUGGGCCAGGGGGAGAGCAGUAGUUGUGAAAAUCUAGACACCUGUGUGAAGGACGAUAAUUCUGGCAAUUCAACAUCUAACCUUGUAAAUAUGGAAGCAGAAGGUAUGACUCUCUUCAAGAAACCGCCAAUGAUGGAGUGGACAGAAGAACAGGGUAGUGAAGCUCCAUCACUGCCUGGUGUUGCUGAAGAAUGCCUACCUUUUUUCACGGGCAAUGGCAUUGAUGAAAGAGAACUUGAUAUUAGCCCUGGGAAGAAUGACUAUGUUAAUUGCCCAGGGUCUGUAAUGGGUGUCCCCGUCCAUUAUCAGAAUGAUGGGUCCUACUUGUACAUACUGACCCCUGCACUCUCACCCCCAAUGGCGGAGUGUAUUCAUGGAUGGAAGUUACCUGACGAGUCAGAUAUUCUGAGGCAAAAGGUAGCAGCAUUGUCACCAUUGCCUCCAUGCUCAAAGAGGUCUUUAGUUGAUUUAGUAGAUUCACAGGAUUCUCAGGCCGAUGCUUGUAAUAGUCCUUUUCUGGAAUCUGCUUCUUUAUCUGAGUCGACACAUAAUUCAGAACGACGACAUCAGCAUGAACAAGAUAAUAGUAACAUGGAAAUGAAGUGUCUUAAUGCUACUGGUGAUAUAAAGCAAAAUGAAGGAAAUGUUUUAAAAAGUAAGCCAUCAGUUGAUUGCUCACUGUAUACUUCUCAGAUAUCUGGGCCUGAUAGAAAUUCAAAGCCAACUCCACUGAGUCAAAGUGGCUUCCGGGAUCCAGCAAGUGUUGGUGGAGGGCAGCAGCUAACAUUAUUGAGUAUAGAAGUCCAGGCAGAAUCUAGAGGAGAUCUAAGACCUGACCCUCGAUUUGAUGCCAUCAGUUUCAUAGUUCUUGUUUUUCAGGAAGAUGAUAGUUCUGUACUUGAUACUCAAGUACUUCUGCAUUCUAAAUGUGAGUAUACUCAGAGAAAUCUUGAUGCAGUUUUGGACUGCAAAGUAUUGGUUUUUUCUGAAGAAUUACAUUUGUUCAGCCAUUUUAUGAAGAUUGUCAUUGUUUCAGAUCCAGAUGUUUUAAUGGGUUGGGAUGUUCAAAGUGGUUCCCUUGGUUUCUUGGCUGAAAGGGCUGUUCAUCUUGGCAUUGGUUUGCUAAAUGCCAUAUCCCGGUCACCAUCUAAAUCUAAUAUCGGUUCUCGAGAUCUUAAUAUUUCAGGAAAAGAAAAGGUGAAUGAAAUGAUUUAUGAAUCUGUAGCUGCUGAAGCUGUCAAUCUUGAAAAUGCAAUUGUAGAGGAUGAAUGGGGCAGAACUCAUGCCAGUGGUGUUCAUGUUGGUGGUCGAAUUGUUCUUAAUAUUUGGAGACUGAUGAGGAGUGAAGUUAAGCUUAACAUGUACACAGUCGAAGCCGUUGCUGAAGCAGUUUUGAGGCGAAAAGUUCCGUCCAUCCAUUUCAACGUACUGACAAAAUGGUUUUCCAGUGGUCCUGGACGUGCAAGGUAUCGAUGUAUUGAAUACGUGUUAGAGAGAGCAAAGUUGAAUUUACAGAUUACGAAUCAACUUGAUUUGAUAAAUCGGACAUCAGAACUUGCUCGAGUUUUUGGUAUUGACUUCUUUUCUGUUCUUUCUCGAGGUUCACAGUACCGUGUCGAAUCCAUGUUUCUCCGACUAGCACAUACACAAAACUAUCUUUGUAUUUCCCCCGGAAAUCUACAGGUUGCCAAUCAACCUGCAAUGGAAUGCCUGCCACUUGUUAUGGAACCAGAAUCUAGUUUUUAUGCAGACCCAGUCGUCGUGUUAGACUUCCAAUCUCUUUAUCCAUCGAUGAUGAUUGCAUAUAACCUUUGCUUUUGUACAUGUCUUGGAAAGAUUACGCCUUCGAAGGCUAAUACCCUUGGUGUGAGCUCAUAUUCAGCAGAUAUAAAUGUUCUUCGCAAUUUGGAACAUGAAUUAUUGAUUACUCCAAAUGGUGUUAUGUACGCGCCUUCGAAAGUUCGGAAAGGCAUACUACCUCGGUUGAUGGAAGAGAUAUUGUCAACUAGAAUCAUGGUAAAACAAGCUAUGAAGAAGUUGGCUCCAUCACAAAAAGUUCUUCACCGAAUAUUUAAUGCACGACAGCUUGCUUUGAAGCUAAUAGCAAAUGUUACCUAUGGCUAUACUGCUGCUGGAUUUAGUGGGCGCAUGCCUUGUGCUGAGCUCGCUGACAGUAUUGUCCAAUGUGGCCGUAGAACGCUGGAAAAUGCUAUCUCGUUUAUAAGCAAAUGUGAUAAGUGGAAUGCUAGAGUUAUUUAUGGUGAUACAGAUAGCAUCUUUGUACUCCUUAAAGGACGUUCUGUCAAAGAAGCCUUCACAAUUGGACAAGAAAUGGCAUCUUCGAUAACUGAAAUGAAUCCAUAUCCUGUCACGUUAAAAAUGGAAAAGGUCUAUCACCCUUGCUUCCUCCUUACUAAGAAGCGAUAUGUUGGUUACAGUUACGAGAAGCCUGACCAAAGCAAUCCAACAUUUGAUGCUAAAGGUAUUGAGACAGUACGGAGGGAUACAUGUAGGGCUGUGUCUAAAACUAUGGAGCAGUCAUUAAGGAUCUUUUUUGAGCAUCAGAACAUUGAUAAGGUAAAGGCAUAUUUACAACGCCAGUGGGCUCGGAUUAUAUCAGGAAGGGCAUCUCUUGAGGAUUUUGUUUUUGCGAAGGAGGUUCGUUUAGGUACUUACAGAGCACGCGGGGCUUCUGCACUCCCUCCAGCAGCAAUUGUCGCCACCAAGGCAAUGAAAGCUGACCCAAGGGCAGAACCACGGUAUGCUGAGCGAGUACCUUAUAUAGUAGUUCAUGGUGAGCCUGGAGCCCGCUUAGUUGAUAUGGUAAUGGAUCCACUGGACGUUCUUGCUAUUGAUUCCCCUUUCAGAUUAAACGAUGUUUAUUACAUCAGGAAGCAGAUAAUCCCAGCUUUACAGCGAGUAUUUGGGCUUGUUGGAGCUGACCUGAACCAGUGGUUUUCUGACAUGCCUCGGCCAGCACGUGAAGCUGUUGGAAAGCGUCAUUCUGGUGCUCCUGCUAAUGUACACCGAACAAGGAUUGAUUAUUACUAUCUAUCAAAACACUGUAUUAUCUGUGGUGAUUUAGUUCAGACAUCAAAACAUCUCUGUCAUAACUGCUCUAAGAAUGAAGCAACUGUUGCUACUGCUUUGGCGGGAAGAACUUCAAAACUUGAAAAGGAUAUCCAACACCUUGCCGCUAUAUGUCGUCAUUGUGGAGGUGGAGACUGGCUUAUCGAUAAUGGCGUGAAAUGCAUUUCACUCGCUUGUUCAGUUUUCUACGAGAGGAGAAAAGUGCAGAAAGAACUGAAGUCAUUAUCUGCUGUUUCUACAGAAGCCGGUUUCUACCCAAGGUGCAUGGUCGAGUGGUUUUGA